CGCGGCAUGCUGAAAACACUGUCAAGUCAGCUGUUUCAGAUGAGAUAUUAGAACUUCUUAAAAUUCUAUUUACAAGAAUAAUUAAUGAACAUGGCGGAUAGUCCACUGCAGGAGGUGCCUCAGGCGGUGCUCAGCUUGACCAAUUGCCCGGGAACUACACCUGGUACACCGCUAAGCAAAAAUCAGCUGAAAAAGCAACGCAAGCUGCAGGAGUUUGCUGAACUCCGAAAGUUACGACGCGAAAGGGAGCGUGAGAAGAAAAAGCAGAAGCGUCGAGAGGCCAAGGCGCAGGGUCUGCCAAUCCGGAAAGGACCUUCCCGCAAGGAGCUAAAAAAACGCCAGGCGGACGGCGAAGAUUCCGGAAUUUCCGUUGCUAUUGAUCUGAACUACGACGAUCUGAUGCAGGAGCGGGAUAUUGCUAAAUGCGUGAAACAAUGCCUUAGAAUCUACACCAUCAAUCGACGAAGUGCAAAGCCAAGUAAGCUCCACUUCACGGGAAUUCGGCGUAACGGACACAUCCACGAGUCUUUUAAAAAGAACGACGGCUGGGAGAACUGGAACGUGGAGUACCACUUUGAUCGUUCGCACUCCGACGUCUUUGACACCAGUCAACUAGUGUACCUUACCUGCGAGUCGGACCAAGUACUAGACAAACUACUGCCCAGCUGCACCUAUGUCAUCGGCGGCCUGGUAGACCACAAUCACUUUAAAGGGCUGUGCCACUCGAGGGCCACGAAAUCGGGCAUAGCCACCGCCCGCCUGCCGCUCAGUGAGCACGUGGACAUGAAGACAAGGGCCGUACUCAGUACCUACCAUGUCUUUGAGCUACUGACCAAAGUUGCUGCAGGACAGGAUUGGACCUCGGCCAUUUUGGAUACGAUUCCCACACGUAAGGGUGCAAAGGCGAAAAACACCAAUAGAAAGGAGACGAAAGAUCAGGAUGGCGAGCCGUCUCAAAUCCUAAGGCAGACGGAUGAUAAACUGGAAGCUUUUCCAAACGAACUAGGCACUAAAAAAUCAGAAACUGAAACUCAGUCCUUAGACAGUUGACAACAGUUGAGAUCGCCAUUCGAGGUCUUCUUGAUUUUUAUUUUAGUUUCUUUUGUUUUUACAAAAUCACAUUUAGUUUUGUUUUGCAAAUUUAAUUACAACUUAAAAUACAUAACGCAAAUAAUAAGAACACAAAAAAAAAGUGAAUUUCAUGUUUCAGUUAUGCAAUACAACGUACAGUGGUGGUCGGCGACGGGCGUCGUGAGUGAAACGAUAGCGUCUUCUAACUUGUAUUUAUUUUAUUUUAAUUUGUGCACGUUAUAUGGCAUAUGAAUCGAAGGAUAUAGCACCGAUAUAUAUCUUCAUAUUUUUGAUUUUUUUUUGUUUUUAUACUUUACUUUUAAUUUGGAUUCAGAUUAAGUAGCUUGACGCCCUCACAGCGACAGCUCUAUGAGCCAUUCAUAUAGGUGAGUGUUUCUACAAUAUAUGUACAUGUUGCAUGUCGUCGCUCGUUAUUGUUUCUGUGGUCUGUGUACAAACACAACAGGAGAAAUAUAAACUAGAGCCAUACAGUAAAACAGGAAUAAGCAUAACGUAAUAUAAAA